AUGUUAAAAUUUAAAAAUAUAUACAAGUUAUUAAUAUAGGUUAAGCAAGUUCCAAAUCCUAAUUUUCUAAAAUUCAUUCCAAUUGGAAAAUAGAGCAAAAGAUGCUUAAUGUUCACCACUUGCUUAAAACCUAUUUAACAUAACGGGGUGACCAGAGAAUUCUAUGGUAUGGAUUAUAUAUCAAUAUCAAAAAAAAAUGAAAGUAAAUGGGAUGAUUUGAGAUCAAGAAUUUUUGAAUAGAUUUUCGAUUAAUAUGAAUCUAAUCAAGAAGGUUCAGAGAAACAAUUCCUUUUUGAGGGAUUCAAACAAAACAAAGACUCAGUUAUUUAAGAUGAUGACAGUAAACCUAUUUAAUUGAUUAAAGAUAUAUUAAAUCAUAGAAUUAGACCUGAUUUUUAAGAGAUUGGAGGAGACAUAGUAUUUCGAGAAUUUGAUGAAUUGAAUGGAAUCUUAUACUUGUAUAAGAAAGGAUCCUGUGUAGAAUGUCCUGCCACAGCAACUACAUUAAAAAAUAGAUUCGAAAAGAUGCUUUGUCAAAAUGUUGAUUAAGUUAAAUAAGUUAUUGCUGAAGAUUAUGUAGGAUAUGAUUGA